GCCAAGAAGAUAAACUUAUCAGUUUCCAGUCUCACAUACAGCAAAGCUAGCCAAUCAUACGUAAUAAACGUGUCCCCCACAUUAUUGAUAAGAUUCAUUUGCCCAGAAAAAAAUGAGUUUGCAACUCAUUUUCAUUCAAAAUUCUCUCUUAACGAAAUGAAGACGACUGUGAUUUUACAAUUGUGCAUCUUGAUAAGCAUUGUGUGCGUAGUGAAAUGUGCCACUCGGGGGGGCUUCGAUGAUGCACUGUUAUCGAACUUAAAGUGCUUAGCGUGUAAAGGAACCAUUCGUGAAAUGGAGAGUGAAAUUAAAAAAAUUGAUCCGCGGAAGAGAGUUGAAGUGAGCGGCUUUCGUCUGGAUCCAAGCGGUAAAUCGAAGACCAAAACGGUUCAGUAUUCCAAAUCUGAAACUUAUUUGACCGAACUUAUGGAGUCGAUGUGUGAAGACAGUAAUUUUUCGAAAGUGCGUAAAACAAUUAUUCAAGAAAUAGUUACCACCCAAAUGUUGAACAACGAUGGCUUUUUAGACUUCACACCUGAUGGUGAUUUGAGUCAAACUUUAAAUCAUUUUUGUCUGGAAGUUCUCGAAGAUAACGAAGACGAAAUCUUAAAACAAUUUAUGGACGAAGUUACUCCUGAAAACAUUGACGAUGUUGUCUGCUCGAAAAUUGCAAAAUAUUGCGAGGAAAGUAAAAAUGAAAGUCAACGAAGUGAUUUAUGAGAACUAUUUGAAUGCAAUUA